UUCUUCUCUCAUUUCUAAACUUGAUCAAUUAAAUAUACAAUAUUAUACAUUUAUUAUAAUAAUUUGGAGUUGAAGAGAGAGAACGCCACGGCACUGUGUGUUUCUACGCAACCUUGUUUCUUCUUAUUCUUGGCUUGGACAAUAUGAGUCAUGGCGUCUCUCUUCUAAUGCUAACAUACCCAUCAUCCCCUUCUUCGUCUCUGCUUCUCCUAUCAUAGUGAACCAUGAUGCCCGUUUUCCUUGGUGCUGCUGGGGCUGCAUAUUGACUGGUGAUGAUCAAUGAGGUGAUACUGUGAGUGAGCUAUGUGAUCUGUUCCUCGUCUCAUGCAUUUUUUGGAAUUUCCUAUUUGAUAGACAUGUAUGAGUUUGACAAGUAGUGGAUUUUUCUGGGAGAGGAUAUUUUUGUGGUAAAAUAUGUUCUUGGGUGAAGGGGGAAUUUAAUUAGGAAUUAUAUUUUUUUUUUCCUGGGGUAGGAUGGAUUUGCAGUGUAAUAUGCAGCCCGAAUUGGGAAAAUUGGAACAGAUUAUUUACCAAUUUCUUUUGAAGAGCUUACACAUCAUUUUGGACUCGAGGGUGCCUUUGUUAAAGUCACAUGAUAGAAGUGGUGACCAGUCAAUGGGUUUUCGUGUGAGAAGGAGUGACAAAUGGUUUAACUUGGCAUUAGGUGAUCGACCUUCUGCUUUAGAUAACUUGAACUUCUGGCACAGAAAUUUGAUGGAUCCUAUGAAUAUUGACAUUAUACUAGUUCAUGAAGGGACUGGUUCUUCUGUUGAGACAGUUAUAGAGAGGUGGGUUGUUCAGUAUGAUUGUCCCCGAGUAACAGCUCCUCACACUGGUGACAUUACUGGCUCUUACAAGAAGACUUACCAGAAGUCAAUAGUACUGUUCCGGGCUCUUCAUUCUCAAAUGAGGCUUCUCCCUGCUCAUAAGAUAUUUAGGAUGCUAAGUACAUCAAGUCAUGCUUGUAAUUUUGAUAUUAUUUACAAGGUCUCUUCCUUUAGUGAUCCAUUCUCUCGGGCAGAAGGGGGAAUGCUGGAAGAAUAUAAUUUCACUCCUGUUGACGCACUUCCGGGCCGCCUUUGUAUAUCUGUGACCUACCGUACUGUGCUAUCUGAUUUCAACCUCGAGUGUUCAACACCAUUACCUCCAAAAAUAAUUACUGAUUAUGUUGGAAGCCCCAAUACUGACCCUUUGAGGUCUUUCCCUUCCUCAGAAAAGGGUGUUUGUGCCACUUCCUUUCCUUUGAGAGGGAUAGCACCUCCAUCUUCUGUGCCACUUGAACGUCCUCACAGCUGGACAAGUGGCCUCCAUAAAGCAGCACCUUUUGUACAGAACCAUCCAUAUGUUGGAUCCCCACCGGUGUACCGUGCUUCUCCCAAGCCAUAUGAUUUUCCAUCUCCACCUACUGAUAAUUAUGGUAUCAGAAUUAACAACUAUCGAAUACAAAACCGGCAAAGGUCUACAAGUUACGAUGAGUAUCAACUUUCUCCUCCAUUCUCACCCUCAUCAUCUCCAUCACCACCUACAUACUUAUAUAGUGGCAAUCCAAUGCAAACCCGUAUGCGCGCUGAAACUGCCCCUGUAACUAUACCUCAUCCAGUGAUGAGCAAAAGCUCUAGAAAUCUUUCUCCUAAUUUUUCAGAUCCCAGUAGAAAUUCUCUGCCUCCUUUAUCUCCCAGAAGGAAUGAUGCUUCAUCACAGGAGUCUCCAUCUGGAAUUAGGUCAUUCAGGAAAAUAGAAGCUUCAAGGGCUGGUCAAAAGAUUGUCAAAGAUAGCAAGGAUGAUUCAGGGCGGUUCUCAGGAUUGUUAUCUUCGAGUGACUCACCACGCAUCGGAUUUUCUAGAACCUCUAGUAGAUUAUCUUUUCAGGAUGACUUGGAUGAUGGUGACUUUUCGUGUCCUUUUGAUGUUGAUGAUGUUGAUACACCAGAUGUUCCAUGCAGUCAGAAUGUGGAUGGGAAGAGUGGUUCGGAGAUCACUUCAACAUCACUACAAAUGGGGAAAAAAUCACCUGAUGCUGCUGUUGGGGAACUUGUGCACAUGCUUAGGACUGCACCUUCUUUGCGCCAAGAUCCAAGUUGCUAUUCAUCCCAUUCCCUAAAGGCUGAACUUGAGGGAGGAGUUGGUACUGCUUCUGGAUUCUUCAUGCCUAGAAAGACAGCUGAUGCACUUGAAGAGCUCAGGAGUUACAGAGAAAUGAGAGACCUUCUUCUUUCCAAGAGUGGGACUCGGAUUGUGAACACAGAUGAAUCUUCUUAAGCAUGCUUGAAAUAUAAAAUAGUUGAGGCAGUUGAUGCUGACUAAAGAGUAGUACUAAACUACUAAUUUGAGUUAUACAGAAAAAGCACUUCAUUUGGGAAACAAAAAGAUCCUAUGGAUUUGUGUACAUAUCCUGACUGAAUGUUGGCUAGAAACACCAAAGUUAUUUUAUCACGGCCAAAAUACUUCUAAUAUGCUCUCAAUCUUUAUAAACAUUAUAGUUGUGAAAUGAGGAACUUGCUUGCCUGGUGUAUAUGCUAAUGACAAAGGUGGGGAAAAAAAGAAAGAAAAUGUCACUGGUAUUUUGGGAGAAAGGUUGUUGAAUUUCAUUGUAAAAAUGCACGCACGCAACAGGAA